CUAAGGAGCAGAUCCUGGAGCUGCUGAUCCUGGAGCAAUUCCUGGCCAGCCUCCCCCCGGAGCUCCGGAGUUGGAUCCAAGCCCGAAGGCCGGAUACGUGUUUCCAGGCGGUGGCCUUGGUGGAGGACUUCCUGAUGAGUCAACAGGAGGCCAAGUCAAGGACAUCUCAGGGGCCGUUAAAAGAAGAGCCAGUGGAUUUCCUAGUUGCAGAGAAAGAGCCCCUGAAUGCCGCAAAGGGACCAGUCUACCGUGAAACUGAGCCAAAUGUGGAUGCCAAAUUGCUGGGCAAUGGCUUCAAACCCCCAGGUCUCUCUCCUUUGCCAUUUCCUCCUGAAGGAGAAGUGGGCCAGACUGGUGGGAAAGAGGGACCCAGGGAUCUCAAGGAAACUGGAGGGUCUCUGCAAAUUGUGAAGCAGUCUCUGACCCAACCAGGCCAACAGACUAUGCUCUGGCAAGUCCUGCAGGAGGCUGACAACAGUGCAAACACAGAUAUUUUGGGGGAUGAAAUGGGAAAUUACAUCAAGGUGGAGAUUUCUCAGUGUGGAGAAGCUGAAACAGAGGAUACCUGCAGGAAGGCCCCACAGAUCAGCUAUGACCAUGUGCCUGUAAAACGGGAGAAACUAGAAGGAAAAUGGGAAGCACAAGAACUACAGGGAGGAUCACCAGUUGGGACAGGAAAUGAAUGUAUUGAGCUGGCAGAACUUCAUUGGAAGAGAUACGAGAGAACUCCUGUUACAAAUUCUAGGGAGGGCGGUCAUGGGAUCCCGGAAGCCCUCCCAACCAAUCCACCCCCACCGAAAAAGCCCCGCAACGGUCCAGAGCACAGCGUUGUGUGGGAUCACUUUGAGCUGGAUUCCGAGGACCCUUGCUACGGCAUCUGCACACACUGCAAGAGACGAAUCAGCCGAGGCAAGAACUCAAAACGUUUUUCAACAUCUGGGUUGCUGAAACAUCUUCAGAGGCAUCAUGCCAACAUUGUUCCAGCUGUCAUUACCACACCACGAACUGUGUUGCCAACUAGCAGAAAGGCAAAGGCACCUAUUCUGACGCAGAAUGCGUUGCCACAAUGCUGGACAAAGCAGAAGUCGUCAGGCAAAAGGCAGCCUGGUCCAAAGCCGUCCGAGGUGACCCGUGCUAUUGCCCAGAUGAUGGCUUUGGAUGACCAGCCAUUCAGCAUGGUGGAACAUACAGGUUUCCAGCACCUCCUGAAGUUGCUUGCCCCCAACUAUAAAAUCCCGUCUUGUACCACCUUCAGCAGGCAGGUCGUGCCCUCCCUGUAUCAGGCCUGCAGGGAGGAGGUCUUGGGGAUGCUUCAAACUACAGGACCCCCUGCCAGUGUGAACGUAAGCUCAGACGAAUAAGAACUGGCUUCUUCCUUCCUUUGAUCUUCGGUUGCUCCUGUGAGCAAAUAAGGGGGGGCAACGUUGGUAGGCAGCAGCAAAACCCAUUUUAACUCACUGAUUAAAUCAAUCUCAACAGAAAAUUGAAAUAAUAGACAAAUAUGUCAGCAAAACAUCGAAAAAAUAAAAACACAAUGUGAAAUAAACCAUGCUUUGUAGAGAAAAUGGUUAGAGCAUUAUAAAUGAAUCAGUUGCAGUGUCCGAAGUAAAGGGUAUUAAUAUGAAUGACAUUACCUAAUCAGUGGCAAACACAGAAGAAGCAUACAAAACCCAAACCACCUGCCCAUCUCUAUUUAACUAAGUUAAGCAUUCCAGUCAAACAGAAGAAGCAAAUCAUAUCUACCCUGCCAACAGACAGUUCAAGAUUCUUACAUUCUGUUCAGCUGAGAUUUAAAAAGCUGGUAUUAAAGAUUCCCAUGUCAGAGUUCAAAAGUAUAAAGAAAUGUUUAGAAAAUUAGGAAAACAGCGAGGCUAUGGAAGAAAUAAUUUCUCCGAUAAAGCAGUCAGAAUAGAACAAUUAUUGUUCAUCUUUACUUAAGAGGAAUCUAAGGUGGUGCUGUCAGCUUCCAGAUACCUACCUUAACACCUUGCACAUCUGCAUUUUCUCACAGACCCUUUUUAGAGACCUCUAAAAUACCCUUCUGAUAUUGCUUAUAAUCAAAUAAAAAUGAUUGUCCCAAUUAAAACAAACUCUAUACUGGUUACUCACUAGAUAAAAAAGUUAAUACUUUCUUCAAUCUCUUCCUUAAUUGCCUUCUGUUGAGAUUUCUUUCUAGGAACCAAGAGUCAUACAUUUGUCUAUUGAGUUUUCUCUUGGCUGAGAAGAAAGUGGUCUAUUGGUCCCCCUAGACUUGAUAUUCAAGCCUUAACCAGAACUUGGAAAUGAUAAGAAUGAAAAUUGAAAAUAAAGAUGAAAGUAAUCCUGAAGUUUAAUAUUCCACUAAGAAAAUAAACAAGUGCUGGUUGAAUGGAUUGGCUAGUAAAAUAAAUGCUCAUUGUCAAAGAUAUAAAACAUAAAUAUUUAUACAUCCUUAUUUUACCCAUCAAAGGAAGACCUGAGAUAAAGGAUUAAAAAUUUCAGGACAGGUUGGUAAAGAAAGUCAAAAUAACUGCCUAAAGCAAAAUGUAUUUAAUCUAAAAUGGGUUAAAAACGUCUCAACUUUAUUUACUUGUCCUUUUUAGUAAAGAACAUUCUAAUUAGCUCUGUACUGUUUCAUAAACAGAUCAGGACAGGACAGCUAAAUCCUCAUAUUUUCUUUUCUAAGUGCUCAUUUUAAAUUUAAUUUCUCAUUCUAAACUUCCUGUAUUAGCCUUAUAGCCUUGAUUUGUGAUUCAAGCAGCUCUUAAUGAAUCCUUCCUGGACAUCAGCCUUCAGCACAGAUCUCUCUUGAGGACUGCAUCUUUAAGAUGGAAAUAAAACCCAAAACCCGAAUCCUUAAAGCAGGAGUUUGGUUCUAGCUUCAACAAGCCUUGAUUCUUGUAUCUUUUUGUUUUAUUUAAAUUUGUUUAGACUUUGCUAAUAGAAAACAGAACUUAUAAUUACAUAGUUGCCAACCUGUUCAAACGUGAAGCAAGUAUAUGAAAUACAUAAAUAUACAGUAAGUCAGAAUUUGACUUGCAUGAUUUUGGAGGCAUAUAAAUGAAAUAAAUUUAAUAACAUAAAUAUGCCUAUGUCCCUCCAUAUUAAAAAAAAAUGGAAUGCCUUAAGAUAGGAAAAAAGCAAUUAAACAGCACUUGGCUGUGGGGUCCUAUUCUAGAUAACAAGACUGCAGAUAACAAGAAAACAUAGGAAAAUGUUGUUUAUACAUGCACAGAUGCCUCUUUGCCAUUUUGCACACCCAUUGAAAAACACAUCAAAAACCAUGGAUAAAUGAGACUCUUUGCUAAGGUCAGGUAUGUCUUUUUAACGUAUUUCAAGUCUGUAGCAAAAAUGUUGAAAGAUUUUUGGCAGGUGUCAUGGUUUAGAUUUGGUUGAGAACUGCUAAGAAAAUAAUAGCACUUAUGGAGCUUUUCUGGAUACAGUAGUUUUGAGAGGAUGCCUAUACCUUUGGGGAAGUCGGUGGACUCUGUAUUGAUAAAUCUCUUCUUGUGUAUAUAAUAAAGAAGUCCCACGUACUGGA